UCGGGACACAUAGGACACAAACACACACACACGCACUCUUAACAAUGGUAGACCGCGAGCAACUGGUGCAGAAAGCCAGGCUGGCCGAGCAGGCAGAGAGGUAUGAUGAUAUGGCAGCUGCCAUGAAAUCGGUCACAGAGCUGAACGAAGCACUAUCCAAUGAGGAGAGGAACCUUCUCUCUGUGGCCUACAAGAAUGUGGUUGGGGCAAGGCGUUCAUCCUGGCGUGUCAUCUCUAGCAUUGAGCAGAAGACGUCGGCCGAUGGUAACGAGAAGAAGAUCGAGAUGGUGAGGGCCUACCGGGAAAAGAUCGAGAAGGAGCUGGAGGCUGUCUGCCAGGACGUGCUCAACCUCCUCGACAACUUCCUGAUCAAGAACUGCAACGAGACGCAGCACGAGAGCAAGGUGUUCUACCUGAAGAUGAAGGGUGACUACUACCGCUACCUGGCCGAGGUUGCCACGGGGGAGAAGCGUGCCUCGGUGGUGGAGUCCUCUGAGAAGUCCUACAGCGAGGCCCACGAGAUCAGCAAGGAGCACAUGCAGCCCACUCACCCAAUCCGACUGGGCCUGGCUCUCAACUACUCCGUCUUCUACUAUGAGAUCCAGAACGCCCCCGAGCAGGCGUGCCACCUGGCUAAGACCGCCUUUGACGAUGCCAUCGCCGAGCUGGACACCCUCAACGAGGACUCCUACAAAGACUCCACUCUCAUCAUGCAGCUGCUACGAGACAACUUGACGCUGUGGACGAGCGACCAGCAGGACGACGAGGGAGGAGAGGGCAACAACUAAAGAGUCCAAAACCUCAUUCUGCCAAAACAACACAACACGCGCGCUCACAAAUGAUGACAAAAUAAUAAUAAUAGUAAAAAAGUUCUUAGAAAUUU